CUUUUCCCCCUCCCUUUCGCCUCCAACUUCGAAUAUUCACAUCCGUCAAGAUGUCUUCAACAAAACACCGACGCGUCGGCAGCUCUUCAAACGGUCUCAGGCGGCUUAGGUCUCCUUCAUUUGAAGACCAUCUUCCAGCCGACCUCCACCUGCUCAAACUCGAUAAACCUGUUGACGAUGGCAGUUUAUCGGAUCGUUCGACUCCCGAAGCUUCCUACAGCGUUAAUGGACCAGCGACCAACCAAUCCCAGCAACCAGUGGUCAACCAGCUCGACGAGACCAGCCACGAGGUGCCCAAAUUGCGAUCUAUACACAGCUCGUUCUCGACACCAUCCUGGGCCACCGAUAACCAGGCGGUAUUUCGAGCACGAUGUCACGAAUCGGUUAGUAAGAUUGGGGCUGGAUCCUGUGGUGUCAUAUUCACCGAGGAUGCAGGAGAUCUGGUCCUCAAGCUUGCCAAGUCGGACCACAAGGGCUUGUGGAAUGACUACAUGAUGCACUCGUUGAUUGGCAAAUGUUUCGACGCUUACGGCUUCGACGAUGUCAAGAUACCGGCUUGUUACUUUUUUGUGCCCAAGGACGAAUGCGAGUACUUCGACAAACACCCAGCCCUUGUCAAGGCGGCCGACUCAUCCUGUACGCUUCCGACCAGUGCCCUUGUCACCGAGAGAAUCCCGCCCCUUCCCCUGGCCACCCGGACCCUCCUGAUCGAUAAGUACUGCGUACCGUGGAACAAGGACGCCUCGGCGGAUUCGGCCAACAGGGGCUGCCUGGUGGGGGUGUAUCUCGGCUGCUCCCAAGGCAAAGGCGAGGGGAAGUCUUUCUCGCUGAAGAACUUCAACCUCCACGCAAACCAGCUGGCCGAGGUCGGCCUCGACAUUCAGGCAAUGGCCUGUAAGAUUGCUGGCACCAUGGCGCUGAUGCACUGGGCUGCCAAGACUGACGCUUGGGGCGUUGAAUUCGUGCUGGGGAGCUCGACAACAGCAGUGCCGCAGACCUUCGGCGUCGACGAACUCAAGAAGCUCAAGCCAGGGUCGUACACUGGCCCACCAUCGCGCAAGGAGGAGGACUUCUUUCUCCGGUCCACAGAGCUCUGGGUACUGGAUUUUAACCAGGUACAGCCUAUCACACUGGAUAAGGCCGGUGUGACCCAGGCCGUCGACGCUGCUAUCGCCAACGACCCGUAUCUCCCAAGGCCGUUCCAGGAAUCGCUGGUUGAGAGACACGCCUGGACUGCCUUUGUUCUCAGCUACCUCAGCGCUUCCGAGGACAUCAUCAGGCAGGAGGGAUACGGCGGGGAAGCUCUUGCUCUACCACAGAUGUUUAUCAACGGUCUCACUGAGACGGAGAAGAAAAGGCAGGCGCCUGAGGCGGCUGGCGAUCGGGAAGAUCUCGACGUCUAAUUAGAGCUGGACGCUUCAUGGUAACUUUGGUGUUGGAUACAUCUCGUCCAUCGUCCAGAGACUCGUACUAUGUAUUUCUAUUUGCUCUCAAUAUCUCGCGACUGCAAAGGUUCUCAAUUUUCCACGUGAGGCCUUCAAUCUCAGGUUCGUGCCGCGCGAUCCAAUUCUCUGUCGGGUUACAAGACGGGUAAUUGUCUGAUGAUAUGAAGACAAGGUAUCUUGGC